AUGGCCGGCGUCUUGCUGUCCACCCACUCCUCAAAUCCGCUCAAGGUCGGCUCUUCAGAUCCCGAAACUCCCUCUAUCACCGCGCAUACAAUACAGGAAAUCUCACGAAGCUCGCCGCGACGAUCCCCUGUCAUCCAAUGUCCUCUUAAAUGGGAGCUAUCGCCCCCGGAGCUCGACGACUACCAUGCGCACAUCUCCCAACUCUUCCCCGGAAUGAUUCGGCGACGGUCAAGCGUGAGUACUAUCCGCGCAGGGAAACAACCGAUGUUCGCGCCACGGGCCUGCGUAGACUUGGACGUGGAUAUGAGCGACGACGAGCUGCUGAUAAGACCGGACACGGGUGUAGGGUUGGCACCCUGUUCGAGCCUUGAUUCACGGUAUAUUCUACAGAAGAAGAAGUAUUUUCCUCCCCCUCAGUUGCGUUGCGAAAGCGAGUCCAAGCAGUUGCACGCGGCGCUGCUUGGUACGUCCUCCGUUCCGUUCGUCACGUGGCGUUCGGAUCGCGUUCGUUUAUUCAUUCCUACUUCACUUUUGGUGGGAACACACCAUUCCCUGUCCUCGCAUUCACACCAGCGAAUACAACUUCGCACCUACACGGGCAACGCACGACCCGCUGCGGUUGACUACAACGAUGAAGAGGACGCGCAGGGAAGCGACGUUGACGACGACGACGUGCAGCUGAGCGGAGAGCCGGACCCGGAGGACGAAGACGACACGAUUCACCCGCCGAAACCCCCAGAACAACGCGCCGAAAUCGCAGCCGAAAUCGAGGAACUGCAAUCUCCCGCCCCCAACUUUCUUCCGGCUACAAGCUCGUUGCCCGUCUUGGAACGGGUGCAUAUUCGUCCGUUUAUAAGGCAUUGA